GCGGUCGCCAUUUUGGGUGGCAGACGUGUUGUCUGUCGCGUGGAAUUGCAGAUGUUCGGUUGAAAUAAAAUUGUUUCGGAUAAGCGCAGUGCUCCCUCGCGCCGCCGGACCGACUGCGAGACCGCGUCGGAGCGCCCCUGCCGGAGGCAGCCGCGCCGCAUCCUGCGAACCGCCCAGAACGCCCGCCUUCUGACCUGCCGCGCCACCUGCCGAACUGUUAAAGCGCCCGCAGCCCGCUUAGUGUGGCCAUGGGUGAUGCCGAUUUAGAUCUGUAUGAAGAUGUUGACGACUUCAACAUCAAGGAUUUCGGCGACACCGACCUCUACGAUGACGUCGUCACUGCCGAGACCGGUGACGGUGAUGGAGCCAAAAGUGGCGAGCGAAGCAACGGCAGCACGCCCAGCAAACCGGAGAACACGACCAACUUCAAGCCGACCAACUCGCGUGGCGGCCGACGCUACCAGCUCUAUAUGGGCAACCUGACCUGGUGGACGACGGACGCUGACAUCUACAAAGCAUGUCGCGAGAUUGGCGUCAACGACCUACUGGACAUAAAGUUCUACGAGAACCGGAUCAACGGCCAGUCCAAGGGCUACUGCAUGAUCUUCAUCGGCUCCGAGGGCAGCUACCAGGCCUGCAUGGAGAAGCUGAGCAAGAAGGAGCUGCACGGCCAGCAUCCGGUGGUUACCUACACCAACAAACAGGCGCUCCAGCACUUUGAGUCUCAGUCGCGGACCCGGCCGCCCAACCAGCAGCAGCAGCAGCAGUCGCACGGACGGGACCGAGACAGGGACAGGGACCGUGACCGGGAUCGGCGCGGCCCCUCGGGACCGGGCGGGCCGCACGGCCACCACGGCCGCGGGCCGCCCGGACACGGCGGACCGGGCAUGGGCCCGCCGCUCGGCCCGCCCGGCAUGGGACCGCCCGGAAUGGGUCCGCCGCACGGCGACUUCGGCCGCGGCAUGGGACCACCCGGCCCCGGCCCGAUGCCGCCGAUGGGCCCGCCGCACCACGGCCCGCCCGGGCCGCCGCCGCCCCAGAUGAGCCACGGCCACCGCGGCCCGCCCGGCCCGCCGGGGCCACCCAUGCCCAACAUGGGACCGCCGCCGAUGAGCAUGCCCGGCCCGCUGCCGCCGCCGCGCGGUGGCCCGCCGCCCAUGAUGACCGGCCCGCCGAUGCACCAGCCGCCGCGCAUGCUGCCGGGCCCGCCGCCGCCGCAGCCGGCGCCUCCGCAGCCGCCGCCGCAGCAGAUGGUGCUGCCUCCGCGCCAGGACUGGGGCCGUCCGCCGCAGCAGCAGCCGUCGCCGUUCGCCGGGCCGCCGCCCACCAUGGCACCUCCUCCGGGGCCGCCGCCGCCGGCCGUCAGCGCGCCGGCGCCGCACGUCAACCCGGCCUUUUUCCCUGCCAGCACGCAGCCGCCGCCCGGCUACGGGCCGCCACCACCAGUGGCCGCGGCCCCGCCGGCCGCCGCGCCGCCCGCCGCCGCCCCCGCCCCCGCCAUCAGCGAGACAGAGUUCGAGGAGAUCAUGAACCGCAACCGGACCGUCUCGUCCUCGGCGAUCGCCCGCGCCGUCGCAGACGCCUCGGCCGGGGAGUACGCGAGCGCCAUCGAGACUCUGGUGACAGCUAUCUCGUUAAUCAAACAGUCCAAGGUGUCGUCUGACGAGCGCUGUAAGAUCCUCAUCAGCUCGCUGCAGGACACACUGCACGGCAUCGAGGCCAAGAGCUACGGACGCAAGGACAGAGAGCGCUCUCGGUCCCGUGAGCGAGACCGCUACCACAGCAGCAGCCGGCGGCGCGAGCGGUCCCGGUCCCGUGAUCGUGACCGUGAUCGUGACCGGGACCGGUCGCGCAGCCGUGAGCGCGGCUACGCCGACGACAGGCGCGACCGCGACAGAGAGAGGGAGCGAGAGAGUGCGUCUCGGCAAGCUGCGAUGUCGGGCCGCGGAGGCGCCCCAGCUCCGAGCUAUCCGCCCAUGACCAGGCAGAAGAUCAUCGAACCAAACAUGUCGGCACGCUCCUACUACGACGACCGCUACCGGGAGAAGGACCGCUCCCGAGGAGAAGAACGAGAGGUUCACCGGCGCGACGACAGGUCCCGCGACCGGGACCGGGACCGUCGGGACCCGCACUAGCGGUCCCCUGCGCGCACGGACCGCGUGCGGACCGCAGACCACCCGCCCCCGGCCGGCCGGCCGACCCAGGCACCCCCGUAGUGGCGUAGAUGACCGUCUCUCUCCCCCGCUAUCGCUCUGUUCUUUGACACAAAAACCGGGCCCGGCGUCCGCCCCGAAGUUCGGGCUGCUCAGUGUAUUCGAGUUUUUUUUUUCAUUUAGCGUUGCUAUCCGUUUUACCGAGCGCUGUGUUGUGCACGAGCUGACGCGGGCCCAGGCUGGGCACCGGCUCACGGGCGUGAAUACAUGUGUUGGUGGAACUAUGUGUGUUGGUGUGGGAUGUGCUGGCCUCAGGUGGAGAUUUGGUGAACAGUGGAACAAAGCUGAAUUUGUGGCGAAUGGUGAGUGAGCAGUGGUAGCAUGGGCGGGGAUGGGUGUUUGGAAUAGUCCUGGGCAUUUUCCGUGUUCAUGUUCUUUUACGCAACCUUUUCGGUGUGUUCUGUUUCGAUCUGGCCUCUUGCUGUUCAUCGUUGCUGCCUAUGGAUGGAAAUUGGCUGGGCAAAUGUGGCGAUAAGCGAACUUCAUUUAUGGGUUGUAAUACAGCCGAUAUUUGGAUAGAACAGGAGCAUCAAGAAUCCAACCGCACUCUUGAAUCGUAUGCUUCAGUUUCUAGCGUCUUGCUUAACGAAAUUGGCCUCUGAAUUCACGCCUUCGUUUUUCCAAACGCUCACGUUUUUUCGCCCAUUUCUUGCCGCGAUUUGCCACCAGUAGUUUUCUGUUCUCCCGCCAGGUGACCGGCUAUGUUCAAUGCAGAACUGAUGUUUGAGCAGUACGCUGUCGUACUUUGCUGUGAUGUGGCUUAUGUUCGGUUCUGACUGAUAAUGGCGUUCUGAAACAAACUGUCGAUUGGCGAUUAUUGCCGCUGUCUCACGGACCUGGUGCUGCCAGUGAACUCGGGUUUGACUCAUUGACGUGAACGUAUUUGCAUUCCGACUCUAAAAUACAUCAAUGAUCUAAAACUG